AUGAAGUCUGCUUCCGCUCUUUUGGCCCUUGUGGCGUCGACAAGUGCCUCGCCGCUAGUCUCCAAGCGAGACGAUGUCUUGAAUAGCAAAGAUACUCUCUGCAAGGGCUGGAACCUGAGAACCCCAGAAGGUGCCGAUGAUCUCGGGGAAAAGACUGCAGCGGGUGUAUCUCUUGAGCUAUUCAUCAAGACUCAUUGGGAGCACGAAAACUCAUGGGUCAAGAACAUGGAAGAUCAAGUCCAGGGCGGCACUUCAGGCAAAUCUGGCGCCGCCGGCUGUUCUGCCCUAGGAAACGACUGCAACCCCAUGGGCAGCCUGAGCUGCGACGAUCAGUUCGACCAGUUCGGCACGACGCCUCUGGGCAAGAACUCGUACUGGAUCUUCCAGGCCGUCAAGGGCAUGCACGAAAAGUUCCGCGAGCUGAACCGCCAGUUCACUCAGGAGACUCUCAUCAACGGCUUGAGGAUUCCUCAGAUGGUUCAGGACUUUGACGGGUCUGAGGAUAACCCGAUUGGAGGUCUUGUUCCUGUUGCUGGCUCUGGAAUCUCUGCCGGCUUCGGUAUCUUGGCUGGCAUCUUCUCCGCCCUUUCUCUAACAGGCGAUGAGGUCGAUCAAGGCACCAUUAUAAGCGCCCUCGCCAACACCUUCGAGGCGGCCACUACAUCCCUGCAAGAUACCCUCGGCAUCGUCACGGGCGGCGGCCGCAGUGAAGAAGAAUACAACUCCCUCCCAGCCCCCAAGUGGGACACAUACGAGACCAAGAUUGCCAAACUUUUCAACGGCGGCUGGUUCCUAGUCGACGACGACGAAGAAGCAGUCCGCGUAACCAUCGAGUCCAUGACAAACAAUAUUCAGAAAAAGGUUGCCAACGACGUCAUGAAGGCAGCCAAGUACCACCUCGUUGCUGACAAGCGUGACAAUGUGCGUACCCGUGAGGACUGCGGCUUCGCUCCUGGUCGACAGUGGCUCGAGCUCAAGGACGGAGAAGAGUACUGCUUCUACAUUAUGAAGAACAACCAGAACCCGAACCGCGAGAACGAGUGGGUUGAGGCCACCGCCGAAAUUUAUGACCAGAUGGCCUCGUACGGGCUUGGGGACCGGGAGCCGUUCUACCGCGCCAUCAUUGACUGUGGGCUUCACGGAGGAGACAACAAGGAGAUUGACCUGAGCAACUUGGCUUGGGGUCAGGUGCCGACGUGCUACUUCAACCUUCCGGCUGUGUUUAUCGAGAAGGAUAAUGAGGUUGGCUGCGGAAGUCCCUUUGACAACGCCAAGUGCGACUACCUCAAGUCGACGCCUAUUUCAUAA